AUGACUAAGGCUCGAAGUGAAUAUAUUUAUCAGUUAAUUGGCACUAUUCAAGGCAAAAAACAAAAAGACACUAAAAGUCGGGCUCGUUAUGAAUUAGAAGUGACUAUUAAAGAACUACAUGGGACAGUAUCAUUUAGUAGAUUGAGAGGAAGUUGA